CUUAGCGAAGCCGCCAAAUUUUUCAUUUGCUUCCAUCAUGUGUUCGUUUUGAAUGUUACAACAGUAUAUAUUCUUGAUUGAACGCACAUUGAAUACAUGUUUUUUGGGAUAUAACAGUUAGUUGUUUACAAAAGAUUUACGUAUCUAAUUUUGUACUUGUCAUGGCUUCCAAAAAUAAAAAUCUUAAAUUGAAAACGAAAAUAUUUGAUUUUGAUAGUGAUGAUUCUUGUGAAUUCAUUAUACCCUUCAAAAAGAUGCGGAAAGGUCCAGUGGAAGAGACACAAAUACAAUUAAGUUCAAAAUUGAACGAUAAUAACUCUAUGAAUAAAGUAAAACAUAAUAUUGUAUUAACCACUAAUCGUGAUAAAUUUGAAAAUACAGAGCGUUCAAAUUUAUUAAAACUAAAUAAGCCUAAAGUAAAUGAAUCUCAGAAUGUUGAAGUAAUUAAUAAUAGAAAUGAAUCUCAGUUGAAUGAUAAUGUCAAUAGUAAUUUAAUAGAAUCUUCAAAAUCAAAGAAACAAAGCUUAGUUGAUUUACCCCGUAAUAACAUAUCUCAGAAUGAUAAAACUGAGAUAAUGCACAAUCAAGAAAUACAAAGUGAAAAUAAUGUAGAUGGAUAUACAUCCAAUAUUUUGGAAAAUAAAGUAAAAUUUCAAAAAGCUCUAAAUUUUAAGGCUUUUGUUGUGAAAAUAAUGAAUGGGUUGAAACGUACAUUAUUUAAAUUUAUAUUACAAAUGAAUCAUUUACAACAGAAAAUUCUGAAAGAUGAAAUAGUGUCCCAACAAGAUGCUAACAAUUUGGUGUUCAUUAUUAGUUGUGUUCUUAGCAAGUUGAGGGAAGAAAUCAAUGAAAAAGAAAAGAAUUUUACGAAUUUAUCGAAACUUGAAGAAACUAUAAUAAGUACCAAUUUAAAUAAAAAUGAUUCACAGUUACAAAAUAUGGUACCUUCAAGUUUUAACAAUUCACAUUUUUUUAAAAAACCAUUCAGUAUAGUAAAAAAAACCGUAGGAGAUAAUAUAAAUCAUGUAGAAAGUAAUUGCACACAGCUGAAUUCAAAUGAUGGAAAAAAGAAAGAUAAUUUACCAUUGAGAAUCAGUAUUACCUCUACUCCUACAUCUCAGAAUUGUAAAACGGAUACUAGUAUAUGGAACAACCAAAGCUUUAUAUCUAUUUUGAGUAGAUUAAAAGAAAUUACGAUCAUUAAGAAACCAGUAGAAAAACCUAUUGGCAAUUCCAAAAGCACAGAAAAUAACAAAAUGAAUAUGGAUAUUGUAAAUCAAAAGCAAAUUAAUCAAUAUCCUGUUAGAAUUGGCAGUCCUAAAAUUGUUAUAGCUGAUCAUACUGUCACCACCAAACAGGCCUCAAUGAAAAACAAACGUACAUUAAAUAGAACUUCAUCUCUAUUAUUGGAUUGUGACAAUCCUAUAAAUAAUAAUGUGAACAAUAAAUGCAGCAUAACAAAUUUGUAUCCUGUAAGAAGUCAUCAUGUGCAACAAAGUUAUAAAAACAAAACGAGUAUAAUAAAUACAGAUAUGAAUGAAGAUGGUAGGGGAUCAAGAUCUUUACCUUCAAGUAAUUACAGUUCAGAUGAUCAGACAGUUUGUAAUCUUCAAUCAACAAACCUACAUCAUUGUAAUGUACAUGGAGCAAUUACAAUAGACCAUACCAACAAUUUUUUUAAUGAACAUAGUACAAAUAAGAAUAGCACAGAAAAUGUUCAAAUGGAUCAGGAAAUAUUAUCAUUAUCUUCAAAUGACUCAAGUAUAUUUUCUGCUUAUAUUAUUCCUACUGAACUAAACAAGUUAAGCAAAAAUUAUUCUCGGAAAAUGAGCUUAAUGACAGUCAACAAUAAUAGAAAUAAGAUAGAUAAAAAGUUGUUAAUGACUUGUAAAGUAUUAGUAGAGAAACAUAAAAUCUGAUAAAAACAUUAAACAAAUUGACAAUAAAAUUAGUAUGAUGGAUACAGUAAAAUUGUUAAACUGUUCAGUACAAUGAAAGUUAUUUUUCAUAAAACUAUAACAGCAUAUUCUACGAAUAAAAAUAAAAGGGAAAUAUCAUAUACAGAAGCAUAGUUCAAAAAAUGUUUCAGUUAAAAAAAUUAUAAUAAGAAUACAAAACAACAAUAGAUCAAUUUUCAUUUGACAAAAUCGUUCUUUAAAGUAGAAUUAACAUAAAUAAAUAUCACCAAUCUGUUUUUAUAUUGCACCCAACAAAAGUGGUUCGCUGUUUCGUAUUCGUGUGUAUUACAUCGAAAUAAUUAGUGUAAGUUGAAAAGUAUUACAUAAUUGUGUUUUACAUAUAUAAUUUUUAUAUAUUUUUAUACAUUAUAUAAUCAUAUAUUAUUAUUUCCUUACAUAUUAUUAUAUAAUAGUAUCUAAUUAAUAAGGUGAUAUAAGUGAGAUGAUUUUUUAGAUUAAUCAAAUAUUUUGGGUGAUCAAUACGAUAUUGUAAAUAAAUUGAAUCUUUAAAGUAAUAAAUAUGGCAUGAUAUAUUCAAGUAAAGCUUGAUCUCACACGUACCUGAACAACGCGACAGUUAAAUCUUGCACUACACUCAACGUAGCCACAUUGCCAAUGCUUUCGGACAAGAUUGACGAUGUCUCUGUACCUACUUCCGGAAGCUGCUGCGGGCGAUAAUUCGUCUUGCUUGUUUCCGACUACUAACAACGGUACACCUCUCAUGUCUCGUGCUUCGUAAAUUUGCUCCCGCAAUGUUCUAAUGUACUGCGAAACAAGAAA